GUGUGCAGCAGAAAAUGACAAGAGGCCGCAGUUUGGCAACAGAUUUCUCACUGAUGCCGACAAAGUCUUUCAACACAAUGCUUGUUUUUUCCAACAGAAAUGCGCACAAAUUAGGUAGUCAUCCAGUGCUCAUGAAUCGGAUUUCUAAAUUGCGCCAGCUGCUGAAUUUUCACUGCAGCAUGACUUGGAUUCAAAGGGGUUCACUGGUUCCCUUCCCCUGCAGACGCUCAGACAGCGUGUCAGUGCACCACAAACUUUGGGAUAAUGUCAUUUGGAGUGAAGCCCAGAUGCGUGAAGCGCAGAAGAAAGUGGAAGUCAAUUCUAGCGAGUAUAUGAGCCCAGAUAUUGGAGAAAAAUUAGAAAGGGAGGCUGGCAGUCAGUGGGAUGGGUUCUACUCUCAACAUCAGAAUCGUUUCUUCAAAGAUCGCCACUGGCUGUUCACUGAGUUCCCAGAGCUUGCCACGUCUUCACCUUCCUCAAGACCCACUCAGCAGGACAGCUCAGUAGCCACGAAAGAACGAGUCGGCCCCGGAACUGAACUGGACCUGCCAAAUUUGCCCACAGAUUUCCAACAAACUGAGCACUUGGAAAGCAAGGAAAACCUGUCAACGUUAAUGCCUGCAAGUGAACCCAGUAACGUCACUGCAACACUUGAUGGUCAGCCGGACGGGGGUGAUGUUGAAGAAGAUUUACCAGGCUUACCACGCAGCGACCGGGUUUCCAUCAGCACUGCUGAGAAAUCAUCAGCACAAGAUCGCGGAGACCAAGCCGGAGGCUCAAAUCCCAUCAAAGACAUUGCGGAAGAGAGAACUAGCAGUGGUUUGACUAAGCCACAAGACCAACUACUUGAGGAAAAGUUUCCAGGUUGGGAUUCAGAGACCAGGAUUCUUGAAGUUGGUUGUGGAGUCGGAAAUACAAUUUUUCCGGUACUUCAGACCAAUGUUGAUCCAGGUUUGUUUGUUUACGGCUGUGACUUCUCCAGUGUGGCUAUCGAUAUCGUGAAGCAACACCACGAAUACAAUCCACAACGCUGCCAUGCCUUUGUCUAUGACAUCACCGAUGACAGCGCUGCCAUGCCCUUUCCACAGCGAAGUUUAGAUAUCAUUAUUCUCAUUUUUGUGCUGUCUGCCAUCCACCCAGAAAAAAUGCAGGAGUCAGUGAGUAGACUCGCCAGGUACCUCAAGCCAGGAGGGCUUGUCUUGCUGAGAGACUACGGGCGGUACGACAUGGCCCAGUUACGCUUCAAGAAAGGGCGAUGCUUGUCAGACCACUUCUAUGCCAGGGGUGACGGCACCCUUGUAUAUUUCUUCACACAAGACGAGUUACGGACUCUUUUCACCGGAGCCGGUCUGGUGGAGGAGCAGAACAUCGUGGACCACCGACUGCAAGUGAAUCGCGGGCGUCAGCUGACAAUGUACCGAGUCUGGAUGCAGUGCAAGUACAGAAAGCCGACGCAGGCCGACAGACAGACAGACAGCCGGGACAAGGGAACAGAAUGAGUCAUCUGGAAAUACGUGGCAGUUGUUUGGAAAGUUGUGCCACUUCAGAACAUUGAUGCAACUGUGGACUUAAUGUGCUAAACAAGAGAGGGCACUUUUUGUGACCGAGCAACAACAUUCCAUGGGGUUAACACAUGACAGUUCUUGCUUAACCAAAACUUUACGCAAUGCUACACUAUACACACACACUACUCUUUUCGGUUUGUCGCAUACACAGUGGGAAUGGCCAACUCUGCUGGCAUUGUUGAUAUUUUAAUGACAGUACGUUGACACCAUCGAUUCCUUUUUAAAUGUCUUCAGUGCCAUUUUACAAUCACCAAUUAUAUCAUGCAGACGGCAUUUUUAGUUAAUCGAUGUAUUUUACAAAAUCAAGUUUUAUGGGGAAUUAAAAAAAGCAUGCAGGCAAGACAAAUACAACUGCAGAACUACAAUCAUUUAUCAUUUAAUUUAUCAUCAUUUAUCAAUCAGUGUACAUUGUUAAAGAAUUUCAAAAUAAGAGCAGUCCAACAGCCCCGUACAUAUCAACAUAACUGUGGAGGCAAGUCCUAACAUGCAGAAAUUAAAAUAACAAUGCAUUACACGAUUUUGUUUAUCACCAUAAACAUUUUUAAAAGAACAGCGGGGCAACAUUAGAUGCAGAAUGAACAAAAAUCAUCAAGGGAUUUGGAGGGGCACGAAGUACUUAUUGUUUUGAGUAGCACUGCCUCUCAGGAAACAGAUAUAUGCAAAAGUACAGCUGUACAGAUAUCUUGCAGAAUGGACAUUUUCUGUAAAAUUGUUGGUGUCGCUUCCUGGAAAAGCGACGAGUUUGGUUCAUACCAGCACCUUGGGAAGUUAUCAAGUUCUCUCUACAAGUUCCUUUAGGAUUUUCAGCAUGCUUUUUACUUGUAAAGAGAUGCAUGUCACUAGACGUGUCUUGAUACAAUGGCACACUGGCUGAAUGGCUAGACCCAUGGCACAAUACAUCAUCAAUCUUCUAAGUCAACAAUAAAAUGAUUUGUGCUUUUUUGUUACACAUAAAUGGAAAUUACGGUGGGUAGUUGCUAUACAAAAAUUGGAUCCCACGGAUUUCUGUAAAUAUCUUCCUGUACAUGAAUAACGUUUACAGAGAUCAGUGGUAGUUUAGUACAACACUUGUCACUGCUAGGGGGAUGAAGACAGGCGUUGGGGUCAGUAUUAGUGACAAUCUAGAACAAUCUUCCCCAAUAAACUAGAGUUUGUAAACUAGAUAGGUUUGCGGUAGCACCGUGGAUGUAUUUCUUUUUUGAGUAUGUGGGGUUCUGAAAA